AUGUUUCCCUCUCACGACAUUGAGCGAAGUGUUGACAGAUUCAACUAUGGAUAUUAUAAUUCUUUAGGUAUAAGCCUGCCUCGAGAUUCGCCCAAGUAUACAAAGCGUCCUGAGCAGCGCAACGCUCAACUAAGACAUAUGAAUCCCCCAUACACAGCCCAUGGUCCCCGAGUACCUGCGGCGGCCCCAAGAGAACUGGACACAGACGGCGAACUCGUCCAUGCAGGAACAAAGUAUCCGUAUUUCCUCUCCGCAAAUGGACAACCCUAUCCGCAAACAUUAGCAGCAUGCGGCUCUUUAGCAUCGAUAUACCACCCCUCCCCCUCCAGUAGCUUGACAGACGAUAACCUUUUGUCCAUGCCACUACCCGGCAGGCUCGAUACACAAGACCUCGUGGACAUCUUACAAGAAUCCAACCAGUACAAACAGCAUCGCAAUCAAGGCAGUACUAUCCUCAACAACCUGCCAGCUCGUCCGCAUCUGACUCAAGACAUUUCCGGCACCGAAACAAACUACCAAAGUGCUCUCGAGAGUUCCGGACCAAGCAUCCCAGCCCUAAUGGCCAGCAACACCACACAAUACCGGUCAUCGACCCCCGAAACACCAAACACCAAACCAUAUCCAAUCCGCCCAUCAUCCGCUAGACGAAAAUCCCUAUCGACCGACACCCACCCUCCAGCGUUAAAGCCGGCUAACGCCAAACCCGACGUCGUAUACCGCCAGCCCCAACCCUUCGUCGGCAAGCUAGCUUCCUCCGAGACACAGCAUGCGCAAUUGUUGACCAGCCGUGCGCGAAAACGGACGUCGAAUCGCCCUGAUAUUCGGGCAUUGCCAAAUCACGACCAGGAUCCAAUCGAGUGA